AUGUAUCUGGGACUACAGCAUGCUUUAGCCGGAGUUCUAGUGAAAAACCUGCGCGAGCGCGGCCCGAACGGCGAAAAGCUGCCGAACGAGAAGCUGGUGCGGAGAAAGGGGACAAUGGCACAUUGGCUGAGACCCCGAGACGCCAUCCACAACACCACCAUCGAGCCCAUCGACGUCUGCGAGGGGUUCGAGAUUCUGGAAGAAUCGUGCGCUGCCGCUGCCGCCGCCGCGUGGACAGCUUCAUCCGAUGCCCGCGGAGACGCGAAU